AGGCAAGCAACUCAAGCUGCUACACACCUACCCAAGAACUGGGAGGAGGUGUGUGAGUGCGCUUUUUUUCGUCUUGUUCAUGUAGUAAAAGAGUUUGAUAUCCCCUCAUCAUUAAUUGUUAAUAUGGAUCAAACAGGGGUACUAUAUAUUCCUGGCUAUAAGUACACCUACAAAAAGAAAGGUUCAAAGCAGGUAAACAUCAUAACUAAGGAUGAGAAGCAAGGAUACACACUUUGUGUAUCUAGUACUGCUGAUAGCAAACUACUACUAUUCCAGCAAGUCUACAGUGGUAAAACUGACCAGAGCCUCCCAGAAAAGAACUCUACAAAUAUGGAAGAGGCUCUUGGUGCUGGAAUUCAAUUUACAGUGGCAGCAAGUGUAAACCAGCAUGAUAGUCACUUCAGCACUCAGAAAACAAUGAAAGAAUUCAUGAAGAACAUCUAUGAGCCUCACUAUAAGAGAGUCUUGGAAGCGAAUCCAUACCUGCCAAGGGACCAGCAUGCUGUCCUUUACUUGGACUGCUAUCCAGUACAUACGAGUGCCGAUUUCUUGGAUUUCUUACAAUCAGAAUACCUGUAUGUCAUCCCUUUAUUCGUCCCUGCAAACUGUAAGUGUGCAAAUACA